AUGGCGGACUACGGGGUAAAAACCAUGCAAAGAUUUGCCCCUUUAAAACCAAGUGCUACUCCCGUAAUAAUAAUCUAUACGGUUUCUAAACGUAGUGACAUAGUUCUGCUGUCAAAUUGCAGUCAUUUUCUUUAUAUUGUAGUGGACGAUAGCGUAGCACACACUUUUCGUUUUCCCAGUCUGGUGACCACUGUUCGUAUUCAGGAACGUAACGCUGCUGGAAAAACACAGAUAUUAGUUGGGACAGUGGAUGGCCAUAUUUUUGCGGUCUUCUUACCAGAAGAUCUGACCAAAAGCAGCAGGUUAAAGACAUUUGCUGAUCCUACUCCAGAUGUUACUAGUGAGAUGGCAAAACAAAAGAAAUGUGGUGAUUGUGAUAUCUUUGGAGAACUACUUGCUGGUGUAAAUAUUGAUGUUACAGAAACAGUGAAUAAACAAUCAGUCAGAGCUAAUAAAUGUAUAACAUUUGUUGAUGUGGAAAGUGCAGUCCUAUAUGAACCAAAGUUAAGAACAUUUAUUACCAUUGAAGAAAAUAUUGUGUGUUGCAGAGCACUGGAGCAAGGCUAUUUGUUGUCUGUGUUUUGUCCUACUUCACAGCAAAAUGAUCUUGGUAAGAUGGUGUAUGCACCACUUCCAGUAUUCAAAGGGAUAAUAACAGUUGAAUCAGAAUCACAAAAUACAUGCAGUUGUUUGUGGAAUUAUGUUCCUCAGCUGUGUUGUGUUCAAGCCAAUGGCAAUGUUUCAUGUCUGUCAUCAUGUCUUACCAUAAAACGGUCUUUAUUUAGCAAACUUUUUCACUGUGAUGCAUCUCUUUUGGACACCCCAGUCAUUAUCUUUGGUUGUGAAGAUGGGCAAGUGUUAUUUUGGCCUGUGAACAGUUUUGCUCUUACAAAUGCAAACUCUGAGGCUAAUGUCAGUGAACAUCAAUUUUCACCUCAGCUGAUAUACCAUAUGGAACAAAGAGUGAUAGCGAUAUAUGCAGCAAGGCUUCAUUAUCCAGAGGAUUCAUCAACAUGUCCAUCAACUGCAAAUGAAACAGAAGUGAGGAAUUGCAAACACAAGCAAGAAUCUGAUGACUGCUGCAAUGCCUUAGUUUUUGUUGGAGGUUGUGACAAGAUUAUAAUUGUAUCUGAUGAAGAACAUCUGUCAGAGAAGUCAGAAGAAGUAAAGAAAAUUAAUUUUACAUGGCACACAAUUGUUGGCCCUGUUCUAUGUUCCUGCUUGAGCAGCAGCCAUGACACACUGGUACAUUCAACAGGUAACGAAAUCUUUGUCACUAAGUUGAGCCUCAACUGUGAGAUGAAUGCAGCAAGGUCAGCAGCAAUGUUAUCCUCAAGCAAGCUGACUGUACAGGUACCAAAUGUGUCUGUGCUUUGUUGUGUAAAUAAGAAAAGGAAGGGAAAUGGCACAAAGAGGCAGGUGUAUGCUCUUACUGUCACAGGAAAACUUGUUUUGCUUCUGUUGCCAGAAUUGCAAGAUGGAGAACAACUUAUUGGGUCUAAUGUCUCACCACAAAUGGCUGGUGAAAAAGUGAAGAGUUACUUAAAAGAGAUUGAAACUCAGACUGCAGAGCUGGUAAGAAUUAAUGAAAGCAGAGAAAGUUCAAACAGUACUUUGAAGGAGCUUAAUAAAAUUAUCCACAUUGUUAGUCAGGUUACCAAGAAGGCAGGAGACACUAUGUUCCCUUUAUUGUGUUGUUUUACACCUGGUGUUGUGUGCCAGAGCUCUUGUGGGCAUACUUCAUUGUCACUGCACUGCAAAGUUAUUAACCAGGGCAAUCUAGUGUUGUCACCUUCCUGGUCACUAAUGGUUCGCAUACAAGGAAAGGAACCUUGGCAGAGUUGUACCUAUCCAGCAGCUUGUUUUAUGGGCCAAUCAAUGCCACUGAGAACCACUCAUCCAGGGGAAGUCACAGAGAUGAACAUUCCUCUUAACAAGUCUUUCCCUUCAUCAGGUCACAUUAUUGUAGAAGGGUACCUGUAUUGUGAUUUGAAUUCCUUGCUUGCUGAUCUCAGAAAUGGAACAGAUCCAACGCAUUUCUUUCAGAUACCAACUAAGAACAUUGUGAUACCAGUUGGAAAGAAAGUUUUUGACAUCCUUCAUUUGAUGCAAAUGACUCAAUCAGGGCCACAAGCUCAAACAAACUGCACCAUUUUAGAUUCAAAUGAAGAGGUUUUUCAAACUAUAGAGAGACUUAAUUCAACAAUCAGCAAUGUAGUAAGUAGAAGUAUAUUUGGCCAGGAUACAGAAGAGAUUGCAGAGGAACCCACAGAAAUUAGAAACUACUCAGCAGCUUUCAUUGUUUCUCAAGAUGCCAUAAAUUUCAUGACCACAACAAUUAAAAAUGACCUUGCUCUGAAGGAAACUCUUCAAACAGAAUCUCUUUCGCCGCAAGCUACAUUCUUUCACUUCAUCUUCAUGGACUCAAGCAUUGCUCACCAACAAAUUGAUGUGGAAUGUUCUCACAUAAAUCUGCUGAGUGUGAAUGGUGGUCAUGCAUCCAUACACAUUAAACCUGUAAGUGGAAUGGAAAAAUCCACCAAUGGUUCUCCUUUUGAAGUUGAAUUACACUGUACACAUGUGCGCUUGCUGUGUCAUCUUCAUGGAGCCAUAUUAACAAGAUUGAAGCCUGUUAUCACACAUAGGACCAGUAGGAGUCAAAUGCAAGAAUAUGAUGUACAGAAACAGUUGAAAAAACUACAGGAUUUCCACCAAUGUGUCAUUUUGUUGGAAGAUGAGAUGUCAAUGGGGACAGAUAAAUGGGAAACAAUCAUCAUCAAGCGGAAAGUAUGGGCUCUGUAUGAGAAAAUGAGAGGAGUCGUGCUCAUGAUAUGACAUUUAUUAGAGAUAGAAUUAAAAGAGAAAGCUUCAGGUGUAUUUUCUAAAAUUCAGUUCAUGUGGAAACAUUUUAGAAUCGUUGUUGAAAAAAUUCGUAAGAUGAUUUGCACAGUUACAUCUCAACGACAAGCUGUAAACACCUGAUGCGUACAGAAGGACUUAAACAAAUCAAACUUGGGAUCGUUUAAUGCGGCCAUUUUUUUACCUUGACUUUCCGUUUUUAUAUUGUAAUAACAUUACAUGUUUAACGGUUUGGGUUUUUUUUCUCACCUAACAUUGUUUGAUUAGUUGAAGUACCGGUGUUAUUACGAGUGCAGUACUGCACAAAGGUCCUAAUUGAAAGAGGAUAAUUUGGUUUUAUGAACUGUGUUGAUAAUGUGAGUUGGCCAAAGUGAAGAGAUUCAAAUGCUGACGUUUGAAGCGUUGGCCAUUCGUCAGAAAAAAUCCAAAUUCUUCGCUCUGACGAAGGGCUUACGUUCGAAACGUCAGCUUUAAAAUCCCGUUACUGUUGCCAAUUUACUUAUCCAACAUACAUAUAUAAAGACCCAAUCCAGCUCUGAAUCCUUUAAGUAAAAUUUGGAAAUUAGACGUGUUUUAUACCACUUUCAGAACUUGUUUGGUUUUUAUUCUUAUAAAUGCGUUCCUAUUUGUGGUUUGUCAUAAUUACUCGUUCGGUAGGUUCAGACAAAGGAAAAGAAAUUAAAUCAGUGUGUGAGGUUUGUCUUUGCUGAACUCCUAGCCGUGCAUUCAAGAUGAUACGUGGGUCUAAUUAUUCUUAUAGCAUUGACUUGCAUAACUGAGAAAUGAAGCUCUACUAUUUGCCUUGAGUUGUCGUGACUGAAAUUAAUAGAAUGACCCCUUUUUGCAAUGCAGCUUCCUGUACUGUAAAUAAAGACAUACGAGGAAGAACUACAGUGUCUCCUUAAACUUUAGAGAAACGGAUUUAGAAAUUUGCAGAGGUUUUAAAUUCCCGUUGAGUCUAGGAUGAGUAGAGAUGACAUCUAAUUAUAAAUUUUAAAAAGUGUUUCAACAUUAACAUAAAUGUUCUUUGCCAUUUUCUUGAAAUGUCACUUGCAUUUCGCUUUGCGUGCGAAACACGCACGAACAAUAAAAAAGUGUUUUUUGUGUUCUUUACUUGGUUUGAUGUGUGUUUGCGAUUUUUUUCUCCUGUUCUUUCUUUGUCCUAAC